AUACGCGGCGUGUCCAGACGUGCAGCAGCACUCCAGUUAAAAGUCGACUGCGGGAGAAUAACCAGGAUUUUGGAUUGGCGUGCGAUGAGAGGACAACAUGAGGGCCAACUGGAUGUCACUCUGCACACUUUUCUUUGAAUUUUGCAUUGUCAUGGCGACCGACACAGAGGUCCGUUGCAUGUGCAGUGGCCGAUCUGGGUGGUGUCUGCGGGAUGAGCUGGGCCUGCGUUGCAUCGACUGUGAGGGGAACAGCGAAGGCCGUCGCUGCGAGCGUUGCAAAGACGGCUUCUACCAACAGGGGGCGUCACAGAGUUGCAUACCAUGUGGCUGCCAUGCCGCAGGUUCUGUUGGUACCAUGUGUGACCACAGGGGACAAUGUACCUGCAGAGAAGGCAUCACUGGAGAAAAGUGCGACCGCUGCUCAAAUGGACCAAUCGGACAUAACGGCUGCUUACCUAGGCGCCGACCCAGGGAAGAUUCUGGUGCUCCGUUGUGUUUCUGCUAUGGUCACAGCAACCAAUGUUCUCCUCAGGCCGCCUACACAGUCCACAACAUCACCUCCACCUUUGCCCAUGGACCAGAAGGUUGGAGAGUGGCGACUUCACACAACCUCACCCCGGCAGAUGUCCACUACCGCUGGUCCCCAAAGCACCAGGAUGUGGAGGUCAUCUCCAGAAACAGCCUGCCAGUCUUCCUGUAUGCACCAGCCUCUUACUUGGGCAACAGGUUGCUAAGUUACGGCCAGAACUUGUCUUUCUCGUUGCGUCUGGACCGCGGCAUUCCACACCCAUCCAUCAAUGAUGUAAUUCUGGAAGGUUCCGGUCUGAGAGUGUCCGCCUCACUGGGCGACCUGCGAUCAGAGGUUCCCUGCGGACAGAAAAUCAACUACACUUUCAGACUGGAUGAGAAGCCCGGAAGCAGGUGGCGCCCCCAGCUCUCCCGCCUCCAGUUCCAAACACUCCUCCAGAACCUCAGCGCCAUCAAGAUACGGGCCACCUUUGGAAACAGAGGACGAGGUUACCUUGACAACGUGAAGCUGGUGUCGGCAAGGCGAGGGGAAGGAACUCUGGCUGGCUGGGUCCAGGUUUGUGUCUGUCCGCAGGGAUACGACGGCGACUUUUGCGAACAAUGCUCAGCAGGUUUCAAGCGCCGAAAGGCGAUGGAUGGUGCCUUCAGCCCAUGUGAGCCCUGCAGCUGCAGAGGAGGCGACUGCGACCCACACACGGGCGACUGUUACCCGGCCGAUGAGACGCAGAGCUGCUCGGAUGGGUUCUAUUGGGACUUCUGGACCCGAGCCUGCAUCAAGUGUCCCUGUCCUGACGGAGCGUUGUGCUCAUUGGUUGCUGGAUCAGCACAACCUCAAUGUCACUUCUGUCCACCUGGAACUACAGGUGUUCACUGUGAUGAGUGUCAGGAGGGGUUUUAUGGUGCACCUGCGGGGAGCGCUGGAGAGCGCCGAGGAUGCCGACCAUGCGAAUGUAACGGCCACAUUGACGUCAGAGUGGCGGGAAGCUGCGAGCGCACGAGUGGCGAAUGUCUCAAGUGUGUCAACAACACCAUGGGACGGCAGUGUGACGUCUGCUUGCCGGGAUUCUAUCACCGCAGAGUGGCUGACGCCUGCAGAUCGUGCAACUGCGACCUUCGAGGCUCAGAGUCAGCACAGUGUGACAAUGAUGGCCGUUGUCGCUGCAAGCCGGGAUUUGAGGGGUCAAAGUGUCAGACAUCUCGCGAGUGUCCCAUUUGUUUCAACUCGGCCAGAGCCAAGGUGGAGGAGUUUGCCAUCAAACUGCAGCAGCUGGAGGCGCUGAACUCGCAGAUGGGCAGUGGCUUCAAACCCACCAACAAUGCCAACAUAUUGGCCGUGCUGAGUGCCGCAGAGGCACUGGUCAAAGACCUGGAGGGCGAUGCCAAGCGGCUAACAGACAUGGACAAGCGGGUGCAGGAAAAUCUGUCCUCCAUCGGCAGAGCACAACUGUCUGAGGAGCAAGACGUCCAGAAUAUGGCUGACGCAACCGGCGACAUCAAACAACGGCAACAGACCUAUGUGGCCAAAGUAGCUCAGCUUAGGAAUUUAAUGGAUGACAUGAAAGGCAAAUUGGACCAGGCCAAGGCAGACCUUCGAUCGUUUGAGGUUGCAGUGGGAGAUGCCUCGCUGGGUCCAAAUGUUUGGACUGCGUUGGCGAAGACAGCUUCUAGCUUGGCUGAUAAACAUCAGACAAAGGCGGGUGCGGUGGAUCGGAGCGCCAGCGAAGCUCUGAGUGAUGCCCAGAAAGGUCUGGCGCUGGUGCGGACGCUGGUGAACAAGGAGAACAAAGUGAAAGAGCUGAUUGGAGACGUGAAAAACGCGUACGACAACAUGGCAGCCCAGACAAAGAGCUUAGAGAAUCUAGCGGCCCAUGUGAGUCACGAGGCCACAGACGAGAGAAACUUGGCGGACGGCAUGGUGGAAGACAUUGCCAGGAUGGAGAGAGACAUCCCAUCCGAUCUGAAGGAGGGGACAGACACCAUGGCUGCCAAGUUAGAUUUUCUGAGAGAGGCGGUGGACGGGAACACAGCAGAUUUUGAGGUGUUUCAGGAUGAUGUGCACCGAGACAAAGUUGCCACACAGGAUCUCUUGGCACAAGGCAGAAGUGCUCAGCAGGAUGUGGACACGCUGAUAAACAGAGUGAACGCCGCCAAGGCUGACACUGAGGGGGCGCUGCAACGCAUCAGCAGCAACACUGACAAGCUGGAUGCCGCACUCAACACUCUAAGAGGCUUCGACCAACAGAUUGCCACCAACAAAGCACUGGUAGACAGCGCCAUCAAGCGAUUUCCUGUCAUUGAUGCGACCAUCCAGAAAGCCGACAAAAACAACGCAGAGACGCUAGCAUUGCUGGAGGGCGUGUCAGAAGACUCCAACGGUGUGAUGGAGUCCAUCAACCUGCUGGAGAACCUGAUCCCGGGUCUGGAGGGAACGUUGGGGCCAUUGCUGCCUCACAGCCUUAUAAAUAAUGCCACCAAAUUGCACGAGGGUGCCAAAGAGCUGCACACGCAAGCCGGUGAUUUCACUACAGACCUUAAAGGCAGGCUACACCACACCAGAAGACAGGUGGCGGAGGCAGAUGAGGCUGCUUUUGGAGCCGACACGGCCUGGAUGAACGCCAAACGGGCAAGAGAUGCUGCAGGAAGAACACUGCAAGACAUCAACAACAUGCUGGCCAACAUCAACCAGCCGGGCACGCUGGACCUGCAGCGUCUUCAGCAGCUGGAGGACUCACUGGCCAUCUUCCACAACAACGUGGAGACACAUCUGAGGCCGGAGCUGAGAGAAGUUGAGGUUCAGGAGGCAGCUCGGCGCCGCCAGCUGAACGCUAUUAGUCGGGACAUCGAUGCCAUCUUAGCAGACAUCACCAACCUGGAGGACAUCCUGAAAGCCAUCCCCAAUGGCUGCUACAAUGGCUCCCUAAGAGAGCUCCAGUGAGAGAGGCGAUUUUGUGUCCGCUUGGCAAUGGACUUUUCUCUUUGUAUGACAACAGGAAGUCACAAUCCAGCUUCCAGUGUUAGUGCGCAUUAGUGGACAUCAGCAGCUGUGUGCACAUUUUCGUAUUUUUCUAUUUAUAUAAUAAUGUGUACAUACAACUUUGUCGCUUCUGCCAACUUAUUAACAGAUCAAUCAAUAUUUAAUUUGUAACGUAAGCUAACAAUUGGAACGUAACAAAUAAACACCGGGUAGAAAGUUCAUUGGAACACACAUAUUUGACAGAGA